AUGGGCGAGACCCGGGAUUACUACGCGGAUCUGGAGCUACCUCCAACCGCAGAUAUAACAGAGAUCAAGAAGCAAUUUCGCAAACUUGCCCUGAAAUAUCACCCUGACCGGAACCCUGGACGGGAACAGGAAGUGAACGCCCAGUUUCAGAUCAUUCAGUGUGCCCAUGAAGUCCUGGGAGACGCGACCGAAAAGGCAAAAUACGAUGCAUCGUACAGUGGCAAAACGAGCCGUUAUCCCACAGCGUCUGGUCGCAAAGGCAACCCAUGGUCUGAAGCGGCACAAAACUUCCCUCCGCCGCCGCGUCGCAAUCCUCCUGGUGGCAAGCCGGCCAAUUCAGGUGGUGGAGCUCAAAGAUGGUCCUCGAGAUUCUCAGCGGGUGUUCCGCCCACGGCAAAGCAAUACACCACGGCGGACCCCGAAACCAAGAAGAACGCUGCCAAGGCUUUUGACACUAUGCGUAAGUCGCAAGCCAAAAAGCCUCAGGCGAAGCCAGAGCCGCCGCCGCCUCCGCCUCGCACGCAAACAGGAAGAGAGCGUGCCGAAGCGUCAUUUGGUACACGAAAAACGAGCCAAGCUAGUCGGCCACCGCCAACCGAGAGCGACCCUUCUUACCGUAAACCGGCGCCGCGUUAUUACGAAGUCGGCUCGCAGCCCCGACCUCCCAUGCCAGACCCUCUGAGUCAGUUUAGAGACAACGGGGCCCAGUCAGAUGCCCGCUAUAGCUCGCAGUACACCACGCACGGGGGAGAAAAGAUCAACCCGUUCGAGGGAAUCCAUAGGACCCCAAGUACGAGAGAGACCGCAGAAGAUCCUACUAGACGAUCGCGGGCCGAUGAUCUGAACAGUGGCUCAGCGGGCGCUUACGCGAAACCAGCCUUCCAGCAACAGGCUCAUCGCAGUGGUAGUGCUGAUAGCACUCGCGCCCAGCCAGAUUCGGAAUCAAUCUUCAAUAUCAAGGUCGACGAUGAUACCUUUAACAAUUCGGACAACAGUCGAUCAUCUUCACGACCCCGCCCGGCUCAUCAAAGCAGCUUUGACAAGACUAAUGUAGAUGGUAUUAAUACUAAAUUCUCAAAAGAGUUCGCGAAAAAUCUCUGGAAUUUUACUGCGGGAUCCCCAACAUCUGACAAGCCCGGCGCUCAGCAAUAUUACCCAGAGUCGCCGAACUCGAAGCAGAGCAACGCCCCCUAUAGUGAUGCGGCUGGCGCAGCAGAACCAUCAGCUCAUGAGACAGGCUUCAACCCAGGUGGCUGGAGCGAUAAAUUUGGCCCGCAGACCUUCGUUCCCCAGCAAGCGCCCGCUGGAGCACCAUCUCCGACAAGGACAUCGCGUACGAAUUCGAGAAAAACUAAGCCUGCCAAGUCAAAUGCGAACAACCCUAUCGUUAUCGAUGAUAGCGAUGAUGAUGUCUUAUAUGCAUGGCCUGGGCGCAAGACGCAGGGCGAAGGUCAGUCGACAGACAGUCCCCAAGAGAUGGAUAUAGAUACUCCUCCAGCGGUUCCGCCUCGACCACCAGCGUCUGCCCGUGGCAUUUACGUUGAGCCAACUCGACCUGAGUGGCGAUCAGAUGAUGCCCAGCCGGCAGCAGAGAACUCUGCGCCGGCAAGCCAUCUUGGAACUCCUUCAGCGGCCCAUGUGGGAGGCUCCGAGGACAGCGCAGAGUUCAUAGCGAGCUUUGACGACCUGAAGAAUGUGCCACCGUUUGCGCAGCAAAAGGCCGGCCUGAAAUCGUUUGCUGACCUCAAGGACAACCUUCCUUUCGAUUCCAAGGCCUCUGACGAAGUUCCACUGCAAAUUCCCAAAGUUCAACCUCUUGUAUUCCCCACGCCGCCUAUCGCACCUCGUCCGCCUCCGACUGUCGCCAUUGAGAGUGUGACACCUAGCGACAGUUCGUGGAAUAAAUAUCUUGACGACUUUGGAAUGUACCUACAAGAAUGGGAGCUAUUCAACACGCAGGUUGUCGACCACUUUGCGACCAGAAAUGCGCACAUUAGGCGCGACCGCGAGUCUAAGGGCUACGCUUUCCUGGGUUCGCGCUCGGAGAAUGAGAUUCAAGAGUACAUUAGCUGUGUUCAGCAGGACAAUGAUGUGCGCAGGCGGUGGAACGCUGCCUGUGAAGACCAUGAAGAACGGUUUAGAGAGUUUAUGACGUUCCGAAGCAGGAUGAAGAAGAAGAAUGGACAAUAA